CCUCGACGAGUUCCCUCAACGACGCCCGACUGAAUUGCGGCAUCUUGUCAUUUGAAAUCCAAAGCACGCGGCGUAUUCAAAAUGGCGGACGGUAUCGAUCGACGAGCGGAUGACCGCAUGGAGUUUAACACCUCCAAGGAGGUGACGGUCGCUCCGACCUUCGAGGACAUGCACUUGAAGGAGAGCCUUCUCCGAGGUAUCUACGCAUACGGUUACGAGUCCCCGUCCGCGGUGCAGUCCCGAGCGAUUGUCCAGAUCUGCAAAGGUCGCGACACCAUUGCCCAGGCGCAAUCCGGUACCGGUAAGACGGCGACCUUUGCGAUCAGUAUUCUGCAGGUCAUCGACACCGUUGUGCGUGAGAGUCAAGCGCUUGUCCUGUCGCCCACUCGCGAACUUGCGACCCAGAUCCAGUCCGUCAUCAUGGCCCUCGGCGACUAUAUGAACGUGCAGUGCCACGCCUGUAUCGGAGGCACCAACAUUGGAGAAGACAUCCGGAAGUUAGAUUAUGGCCAGCAUGUUGUCUCGGGUACCCCGGGUCGAGUUGCGGAUAUGAUUCGCCGCCGGCACCUGCGCACGCGCCACAUCAAGAUGCUGGUGCUCGAUGAAGCCGACGAGCUGCUCAACCGCGGCUUCCGCGAACAGAUCUACGAUGUCUACCGCUACCUGCCGCCGGCCACGCAGGUCGUCGUGGUCUCCGCCACCCUGCCGUACGACGUGCUCGACAUGACCACCAAAUUCAUGACCGACCCCGUUCGCGUGCUGGUCAAGCGUGACGAGCUAACCCUCGAGGGUAUCAAGCAGUACUUCAUUGCUGUGGAGAAGGAGGAAUGGAAGUUUGACACGCUCUGCGAUCUCUACGAUACCCUGACCAUCACGCAGGCCGUCAUCUUCUGCAACACCCGCCGGAAGGUCGACUGGUUGACGGACAAGAUGCGCGAGGCCAACUUCACGGUCUCCAGCAUGCACGGUGAGAUGCCGCAGAAGGAGCGUGACAGCAUUAUGCAGGACUUUCGCCAGGGCAACUCGCGUGUGCUGAUCUCUACGGACGUCUGGGCCCGUGGUAUCGAUGUCCAGCAGGUGUCGCUGGUUAUCAACUACGACCUGCCCACCAACCGUGAGAACUACAUCCACCGUAUCGGACGAAGUGGUCGUUUCGGCCGCAAGGGUGUUGCCAUCAACUUCGUCACUAGCGACGAUGUGCGCAUCCUCCGUGACAUCGAAUUGUACUACUCUACGCAGAUCGACGAGAUGCCCAUGAACGUUGCCGACCUUCUCUCCUAAUCAAACCACCGCGACUAAACGAUUCUCGAACCUCGAGUCCCGGCCUCUAUGAAACUGAAAAACCUCCUCGGCAUCUAUCAUCCACAGACUCCAGAACACAGGACCAAACCGAGAGAGCCAGUUGUGACACGAAACAUCUACCUUACGACAUCAAAAGCCAAAAAAGGGAUGAAACCAGCGUGGAGGAAACGGGAAAUGAACAAAAAUGUUUACAACUCCAACCAAGAAGCAUUUGAAAUGAAAACAAGGCUAAAAUAAAAAGCUUUGUAUGAGAAUUGGUUGAUCUGAAUGAGAUUUCUUGCGUUUACUUUUUUUUUUUUUUUUCUCAUCUC